AGAGACAGACACAGAGAGACAGAGAGCGCUUCAUAGCGACAGGCGUGCGAGAGCUGAAAUGUGUCCUUUUGUUAACUUUUGCUCUAUUUAAUCACCGAGCUUCGAGCAGACGGAUAUUCCGUGAUGGACUGCACACGGUUGAAUCUGUCACGGAUCAGAUUUUGAGCUGUUAAAUAGACUUCGGUGCGGUAGCCGCUGUGGCGAGUCUGACUGCAGGACCAUGGCAACGGCGUCGCUACCGGUAACCGCGCAGCAAAUCAGAGAGCGGCUGCUUCAGGCGACGGACGCGCACAGCAACAUCAGCAAUAUGGUGGCUGUGUUGGAUGUGAUCUCCAUCCUAGAGAAGUACCCCAUCACAAAGGAAGCACUUGAGGAAACUCGGCUUGGAAAGUUGAUAAAUGACUUAAGAAAGAAGACCAGGGAUGAGGAUCUGGCAAAGCGUGCAAAGAAGCUCCUGCGCAACUGGCAGAAGCUCAUUGACCCACAGCAGGCUGAAGAUCUGCCAAAGGAACCUUCAAGCACUAUUGGCUCUGUUGUGGGAUCCAACCAGUCUCAGUUAUUGCCUGUUUCUAAAUCACCUCAGACUGUAGCAGAUAAUGAGAAGAAGCUUGUUUUAAAGAGUGUUUACUGUCCAAGCACUGAAAAGUUCAAUCCUAUGAAACACAUGUGUAAGAAAAAAGUGGAAAAGAACAUCCCAGAAUUUAAUGGCACAAAAAGAUCUGCACUGUCAACAUCUAGUAGAAGCAGUGAUGGUCCAGAUAAUCUUCAAAUACGCACCAGUUCUCUCAAACCUCACUUUUCUUCUCCUGAACUCAGCAAAGAACCCGCUGCAUCUCCAGUCUUCAGAAAAUCAGUGUUACAACAGCAGGGACAAAGAAGCGUAACUGCUGUAGAGAGAGUGAAGCACAAAUCCCAUAGUCACUACACCAGCCCGACUCCUAGACCAGUGAAGAAGUUAGUACCAAACAAGCAGCCAACAUCAUUUCCUUCUGUUGACUCUGAGGCUCUUUCUACAAAGCCAUUACACAUUUCCAUCCAAAGUAUGCACACAGAAUGUCAUCAGUCAAAAGACCUUUCAAACCCAGAUCACGACUCGCUCCCAAACAACGAGAGGACGCUCGAAGAAAUAAAUAACUUGCAAAACAAGUCUAAAGCAUUAGCACGUCUUCAGCCAGGUUUACUCAGCGAGGUUACCAAUACAGAAACAGAAAAAGAUGUCAAAACCACAGGCGGCAAGAGGAGAAAGCCUCAGUUUAGAGAUUCCACCAUCAACAUGGCAGGACAUUCAUCAGAUGACGUGUGUAAACCAGCUCGAGUAAAAAAUCGCAAAUUAACCUUUGAUCCACUCACACAACAAAUUAGACCUUCAGCAGCGAAUCAGAGUGAGGAGCAAAACAGUCCAGUGGUAGAUAUUAAUGAGCACGUGAACCUGAAGCAAAGCCCUUCUGCAUUGUCACCCAGCACAUUGCACAAGAUGAACUGGAAGGAUAUGUCGCAAAAUGAAAUAGUCAAAUAUUACCUGAACUUCCAAAACAAUUUGUUAAAAACCUCCGGAAGUCAAGUCUUGGGUGCGCACUUUUUUAUGAAUGAUUACUUGAAAUAUGAAGAUGACAAUUUAAGAGCAGCUAGCAAAACCUGUCUCCAGGCACAAAAUGUUUCAGAGACUAAUUUGCCAGGAAUAGACCGAGACGUCACAAUACAGGACGUCAACAAAAUAAACAACAAGCACUGGCCCGGGGUUAACGGCUGCUACGACAGCAAAGGCCACUGGUAUGGCUGGACAGACUGCAUUUCUUUAGACACGUAUGGGGACGGAAGUAAACUUAACAUCCUGCCAUAUGUUUGUAUUGACUGAAAACAGUAUAAAAUAAAUAAAUUGUCUCUGGAUCUUACAUGAUAUUUAUAGCUACAUUCACGUUAUUACGUUACCUCUCUCAAUUUAGAUAAAAAAAAAAUCCUAAUUUAACACGGAUGUUAAGGCAUAAGGCAUUUCGUAUGUGAUUCUAGUUAUUGGGUAAAUAUAAUCAUGCAACAUCCAGAUAAAAAUAACAUGCGACAUGUCAAUUUCUUUUUUCUUUUGCGAAUGCGUCAGUCAGCACCAGCAGUGUAGGGAUUUCAUAGUGCUAGCAAUAGCUACUAAAACAGUUGGAUUUCUUCCUUCUUCUGUGCCUCCGCAAAUACAGCCAACUAACUGCUUGCCGUCAUCCAGAGCAGAUUCCCAGGCAUAUGUUUUCUAAAAUUGCACCCAUUGAAAUGAACGAGUGCUCGCACAACCGCCUGAAGUAUUUUAACCCAGAUGGCACGAGUAAAGACGUAUCGUUUCAGAUGACAGACUCGUCUGCAUUAGAGUCGGAUAAAAGUCAUUCGUUAUUAUGGAUGUGAUCCGUCAUAACCUGCAAAUCUAAUCUGAUCAAAGGAAUCUGAAUUGAUCAACGUGACUUGUAAUGUGUGUGAACUUAGCCAAGGCAUGUUCCAAAUGUGUUUGUGUAAUAAUUGCUUUAUAAUAUUUUGUAUCUAUUUAUAAAUUCUUUUGGUUUUGGAUGAUAAGAGGAAAUUAAAAAAAAUGUAGAGCACGA